AUGCUCCAGGUCCUGUCUGACAGAAGCGUUGGUGUCUCUGUCCUCUUUCCAGAGCCCGUCUCUCCGCCUCGGCUCCGGAGCAGUGACCCAGUGGCAGAGUCCACCAUYGAGCUGCUCUGCGACGUGGCUGAGGGCAAAGUGGACACCAUCACCUGGAAGAAGGAUGGGCAGCCCCUUCCCCCGGGCGGAGGUUUCUCUCUCUCCAGCGGCAUCAGCGUCCUGUACCUGAGGAAGGCGCAGAAGUCGGACUGCGGUUCCUACUCCUGCAAUGCCAGCAACGGGAUAAGCUGGCAGGAGGCCUCCCUGAACGUGACCAUUGCAGGUCUCUCUCCAGCCUUACAAGACGUGCUGCGGAUGGCAGUGGUUGCUGUGGUCUUUACUGUCGUCUCGGGAUGGGGCUUAAUUUUUCCUGUCUGCCAAUCAGAAAAGCAAAGGAUAAGGGGGGAGCUGUGGCGAUGGCUCAGUGUCUACACCUGCGGGCUGGUGUGCCUCUCCUCCGUCCUGGCCAGCGCAGCCCUCAUCCUCUGGAUGCGAGAAGAAGGCCCGUCUAUUGCCUUCAUUCUGCCCGAGAUCAUCCUGAUGUAUGUGAUUGUGGUAACRUUCCUGGUCUCUGCCACCGUGACAUUCCAGCCUGAAAAGCUCAUCCAUCUCAAAAACAAAACAGUGCAGCGCACCAUGGGCUACGCUGCUCCCGGAGGGGUGCUCUCCGUCGUGCUGACUACCAGCUUCCUCAUAAAGAACAUCUACCAGCGCCACGAACGGGGCUGCACAGCGUUUGUGGACGUGACCGUCCUGGCGGUGAGCACAGCGGCGGUGUCUGCCCUCCCGAUCCUCGCAAUCUUCCUGCGCUAUCAUACAACUCAAGGAAGGAGUUGUCGGGAAGAGGAAAAUGACUCUAGCUGGGUUGACAAGCACAGGCUCUUUCAAAUCAUGAAGGAUCCCGUUUCUAACUGUUAGAGGCUGGAAGUAUUUCUCGUGUGGGCUGAGUGACUGCAAACGUCCUCCCUGCUUAGGGAGUCUGCAUUGUCUGCGUUUCCCUGGGCUGAUCUUUAUUGUGUGUGUGUGUGUAUAUAUAUAUAAUGGCAAUUAAACAAGUCUACU